AUGUGUUUCAACAAUAUUAAAACAGCCAAUGAAAAAUUAUAUGAUUUAAUUAUAGAUGCAAAGUCUUCAAGUUCCAAAAAAAGAUAUUCAGAUGAGAAAUUAACCUUCUCAAAAUUAACAAAUUGGAGAUUCAACGAAUUACCCAUUCAAGUGAAAGAAAGAUACGAAUUGGGAAAUGCAUAUAUAACGCAAGAUGAAUUAUAUUUUUUAGUUUUAUGGAAAUUAAAUCUAGGUCUGUUUAAACCAAUAGCACAUCACAUAAAAAAGAAUAUGCCUGAAGAUGUUAUCAAAAUUACAAAUAGGGCAUUCAAUGCACUACUAGCUUUUUUUAUGGAAUCAAAACAAAUAAAAGAAUAUGUUAUAGAAGACAUAAAACUUUAUGGUGAAUUGGUAGGUGGUGCUAUUGAAAUAUUGAAAGAACUUGCUGGAGUGGGCACAGCUACAGCAUCAUUAGUAUUAAACUGUCUACAAGGUAUAAAUGAGAACCUAUCCCCACCAUUCAUUACUGAAGAAAGUAUCAUGUACCUUUUUUCUAACGAAAAUCUUUUAAAGAAAAUUGACACCAACUUUUACAUCAAGGAAAUGCUUCCUGUGUACUUUGGCUUGAUAAAAGAUAAUGAUUUAAAUUUAAAUUUUAGUACAAUCGAAAGAGGGGUCACAUCUAUAUACCACUACAAAUUACAUCAAAGUAUUUUUUCAUUUGCUUCACCAUUCAGCGAAGAGGACUGGUUUAAAUUUAGUCCAAGUGAAUCAGUCAAGAGCUAUCAAAAAGAAUUUGAAGAUCAGUCAAUACCAACAGGAUUUAAAAUGAGGAUGAACGCAGAAGCAAUGGCAGCUAGAGCAACAACGCAAAAUAAUUCUGCUCCUGAAUCAAAUUCAAGUUGGAUAGAACAAGCACUUACAACCAAUAACAGUACAAUAGGUAUUUCCAAGUCUACUACAUCCCAGCCAUCCACAAAAUCAGAUAUGAAAACACAAAUAAAAGUAUUGUCUGGAGUAAAUGCUUUGACAGAAUUGUCUGUCACCACCGCGCAGAGAGUUUUUUCUGUGCAGCAAAAACUUGAAAGUCUUGAAGAUAAAAUUGAGGAUUGUGUUGCUGAAAAUCAAAAAUUGUUUGUUAAGGUAGAUCAAUUAGAAGCUAUUGUUAGAGUUCAAAAUCAAAAAAUUUUAGAUAUAUUAGGUGGAUUAGAAGAUAUGGUUGCUGAAAGUUUAGGAUCCGAUUCAAAAAGAAGAAAAUUGGGAAUCUGA